AUAAUUCCCAUUGCCAAAUUCUUGAUUGCCGAAGAAAUCAACACUAAUACAGAAUGUCUCCCUCAGCAACAGCCCCCGAGACCGCACCUGUGAUCCGCGAGAAGUCCCAGGAUAAUGGGUUUAACGGAAAAGACAAGGUCGAGAACCCUCCGCAAGUUCAAGUCUCCGGUAAGACCAAAAGCGGGAAGAAGUUGAACAUCAGGACCUACCCCAAGUUCGAGAACCUAGAGGACGAGAGGCUUUACCGCAAACGGCACCUCGCAGCAGCAUUCCGAGCAUUUGCUGACCGUGGCUUCGACGAGGGUGUGGCCGGUCACAUAUCUGUCCGGGACCCUAUCCUCACUGACCACUUUUGGCUGAACCCACUCUCGACACACUUCUCGCUUAUCAAGGUGUCGGACCUCAUCUUAUGCGAUGAAGAUGGGAAUGUAGUCGAAGGAAACGAGCCUGUGAACGCAGCUGCCUUUGCGAUCCACUCACAGAUCCACAAGGCUCGACCGGAUGUCCAUGCUGCUUGUCACGCUCAUAGUGUUCAUGGGAAGGCAUUCUCAGUCUUUGGUCGCGAGUUAGAGAUGAUUACUCAAGACUCAUGUCGCUUCUAUAAGAGCCAUGGCGUGUACCGAGAUUUCCGGGGCGUUGUUCUUGACAGUGAAGAAGGUAGGAGGAUCGGGAAAGCCCUUGGGAAUGGAAAAGCAGUGAUACUUCAGAACCAUGGUCUUCUCACUGUUGGAAGUACCGUUGACGAAGCGGCUUUCUGGUUCAUCAGCCUUGAGAGAACUUGCCAAGCCCAACUCCUUGCAGAUGCCGCAUCAGCCGCCGGGUACAAGAAGAUUCUUAUCGACGACGAUGAGGCUGCAUACACAUCUCUUCAAGUUGGUGGACCAGAUAAGGGAUGGUUGGCCUUUCAACCAUAUUACGACGAACAAGUUGCAAAAACAAAAGGCGACUUCUUAAAUUAAUUCGCAUAGGUGUUUUCGAUUGUGAAUCUACAGAAUGAAUAUGUGUACGGAAAUAAGGGGUCAGCGUGUUUUUGUGUUUCGACAGGCAAAAAAGAUAACUAACCAAAACACUCGACAAUUUGACCGAAUAGUCUUAUUUGUCAGGUUAGUCUACCCAGUAGGUAAGCUUGGGGAAACACGAUUGUCCUCGUCACCGACCUGACUACAGGAGAUUACAUGGGAUACUGAAAUGCUAGAGAUGCGAUUGUAUCCCAAGCACAGCUAGUGAGAAUUGUGACUAACAAAUUUAUCUAGUGAAGAAGUGUCAAGGGGUCUUAUGUAUGGUACCUAGUAGCAUAAUGUUACACUUUCCCUAACGUGUAUAAAAUGAUACUGAAAGAAAAUAGCAGAACUGUCGAAAAUCAGC